CACUCCACAGGGUCAUAGAUGGUUUUUAAUCCUAGCUGCUUGUGUAGAUCUAUAGGACGUUCUGUCCAAACCACAGAAAACAUGAUGAGAACAAAAUUACUUUGUUCUGCAGCUCGAACAAAGUUGACGAGAACAUCGAAUGUACGCCUAAUUCAUCUGCGUUACAUUAGCGCUACUAAGAGAAGGCAAACUAGAGAUUGGGAAGAGUGCCGUCUAAGAGUGAUCAGUGGAAGAGAAACAUCAAACAAUGACCUCGACAUAGUGUGCCAAGAAUUGAGAUCAGCCCGCGCCAUUUUGAGGGAUUAUGGACACAAAUGUGUAAGCAAAUGCUUCCACAACGUAACAACAAAGAAACAUUUCAUACCAUCCUUAGACGUGCUAUAUGCAUUUUGGCUUUUGAGUGAGAAAGGUUCCCAGUCUCUUCAAGGAUACAAUAAUAAUAAUAAUAGCACAGGCUUUGACCUUCCACUCAAAAGAACACAAAAUGUUGCUCAUAAAAAGAAAAUAAAAGUUCUUCAAAACAAAAUUUCCAUUGCUCUGACACGCUACGCUUAUCUGAUAAAUGUCGCUAAGUACAGAAAAGAGGGUCGACCAAUUGUUUACAUUGACGAGGCCUGGUUCAGCCUGUCUGGUCCAGCUGCAAGAAGAGAGAAGACUGGUCCCUUUCGAGAGGACAGCCAUUCACGAUAUGGUAAAUCCUCCCGUUCACAAGCGAGCUAUCCGAAAAUGCUGGUUAUGCACGCAGGAGGAGACAUGGGUUUCAUUUCUGCUACUUUGUCGAUUACAAAAUGUCAAAAAUCGCAGACUCAGAGCUCCGAGUACACUAACUCAGGUCUGAACUCGGAUGUAUUUUUUUCUUGGGUGAACAAGCACCUGCUUCCCAAUAUCCCUAGCAGCUCAAUUAUCGUACUGGACAAUGCGUCUUUCCACGGACUGAAGUCCAAAGUUGAUAUGAAUGAAUCUGACGUUUCAUGUCAAGAAAUAGUGCAUGAAGGAACAGGAAAUCUCUCUUUGCAUUCGAAAAAUGUUCAGUUCGAGGCCUUAAGGGAGAAAUUCGGAUUACCCGCAUCUGUGAGUGCUAUAUUUGGAGACGGACACAGGUUUUUGAGACUUCCGCCUUACCACUCGUUUCUGAACCCCAUAGAGUUGGCGUGGCGUGAUAUGAGACUCUCACUUCUACGUGACGACUUCUGCUGCUGCUUUGAUAAUGAAAAUAAUAUAUCCGAGAAGAUGGAGAAACGUUUGAGAGAAUCAGCCUCUGGUAUAGACCAGGGUCGAUGGAGGGCGUACAUACAACACGUCAUGAAAGCAGAGGACGUGCUACUGCGGAGUGAGAAAUUUAAAUAGUCAGGUGCUAUUAAUCAAACCUGCAUCCAUCUAAGUCCUGAAUUCUAACCACCGUGUCUUUAAUGUGUAUGAAUUAUGCCAUCGUUUCAAUUUAGAUCAGAUAAUACAUAGUUAAUCACUACAAAUAGAAAACAACAAUAAC